AUGGCGGCCGACAGCGGCACACGCAGGGCUACCUUCGCCGCCCAGGUAUGCCUGACGUGCAAAUCUCGGAAAAAGAAAUGUGACAAAUUGCUACCCAGUUGUGGAUAUUGCGGAAGGAAAGGGCUGAGAUGCCGUUAUGUCCGUCGAGCGCCAUCCCCAGCCCACAAGUCAAAGCUCGCCGAGGCGCACUGCAACCGCAAGUCAGCGAAUGUGAUCCCCACGGAUAUUCCAUCUUCGGAAUUGCACUUGUUCGUGCGAGUCCAAGGCCUGAUACGAGACACUGGUCAAUAUGUGGACGGGAUCAGUGUGCGCUAUUUCGAGGGCCUUCAUCAGUAUCUGCCUUUCAUCUCCAGAUCUCAUUUUGAAGAUAGCCUGAUUUUUUCAGGGGUGUCUCCACCUGCAGAACUCUCAGUCCUUCUUUUGAAGAUUUUCAACACAUGGUGGGCGCUUGUGAUUUGCGAGCGAUCAAUCUUUUGUGAAGUGACAGUAGAUGAGCAGCCACUUGUCACUCUCAUGCCUAAAGAUGACAGCGACCUUCCAGUGGAGAUCCGGUGUGGUAAUUGGUCCGAUGUCAAAACUCAAUGCUCAGUUUCGAGUUUGUCUGUGAACAAUAUUGAGGGCUUCGGUCGAGUUGCUCAAGCAACAUGGCUAGUGAACAAGGUUCUUAUGGCUUUCAAAGUAUCCAAUACAACUUCUCGCCUGACUCGACUUCGGGAUCUUGACGCAACAUCUCAAGAGUUUCUUGCUCAGCUUCUACAACAGCAUCCAGGAAGCGGGGGUAUCAUGUGCGAAGCUAUUUCAAUCACUUUGAGAAUGUUAUUCGAAUUACAUGAUCACAUACUCCAUCAAAUCCCCAACGACUGUAAUGACGACGAAUCAGUGCUUGAGACUUGGCGGAUGCAAUCACGCGCUGCACUUCGUGCUGCGACGAAGAUGGUCGUCGAAAUUGCUCAAGCACAUGAAAAUGCAAGCUCUUCUGCGUUCUCCUUCUUCACUAUAGCCCCAAGCUACUCAUACCUUCUUCGAGUCGGCAUUAAGAAUCUUCAUCAACAGGUUGAAGAGGGAAAAUGCGAUUGGCUUGAAAGUGCCGAGGGGCGUCUUCGCUCUGAGUUGGGCAGGUUUGAGACCUAG